UUUUUUUCUAAUCGCCCCCACUAAAUGACUCCAACUCUCAUAUCACGGCUCUCAAUUCUCUUUCAUGAAUCAUACAUAAUUCAUUGCAGUGGUUGGGAAUUGGGAGAUUUCCAUACGACAAACCAAAAGGCAGUAAACCCAUUUGUUUCUUCAUCAAAACAACAAAACAAAUCUCUUUCAUUGAUUUGAUUGCACCCCACGUUUCUUCACGGGUUGAUUAGGCCAGGCUCCAUCCCCAGCUCAUGCCCUUUUCAUUGCUUUAAAUUCUUUUUGGCUUUUCUACUAUCCGUCUUGCAUUCCUUAGGCCCUGAAAGAAUAAACCAGUUGGCAUUAUCAAUUAACUUCAUUUUGGAGUGGAAUGUGACGCAUUUCUGCUAAUUCUUGGAAUCUGCUAAAAGGGUUCUCUCUAGUUUUCUGAAUCUGGGUGGCUAUCAUAUAUUCUGGUGAUUAUCAUCAUGUUCUAGUCAAAGAUCAACAACUCUAUCAUUUUGAUUAGUGUAAUGGCAAUUUCAAAGAAGACCUCCAUGACAUUGAAGUCUUAUCAAAAUGAGGCUGAGCUGCUGGUGAAGAACUAUUUAUUGUCGGACCCUGUUAUCCCAUACUCGUCAGUCCUUGGUGGCAUACUUGCUUUCAAAGUGCUCUAUGAUCUUGUUCAGUUGAUCAGCACUUUUUACUUCAGGAGCUACAACAGCCUUACAAAAAUCCAGCGGAUUGAAUGGAAUAACCGUGGUGUCUCUACUCUUCAUGCUGUUUUUAUUUCUUUCAUGUCCUUGUACUUUGUAUUUUGGUCUGAUCUGUUCUUGGAUGAACAUCAUCCUGGCCUCAUUACACUCCGAAGCUCGCCUUUAUCAACUUUCACUUUAGGAGUAUCUGUUGGUUAUUUUUUAGCAGACCUUGGCAUGAUUUGUUGGCUAUAUCCUUCUUUGGGUGGACUUGAGUAUAUUGUCCAUCACAGUCUUUCAGGAGUUGCUGUAGCAUAUUCUGUCUUUACUGGGGAGGGGCAGCUUUAUACAUUCAUGGUCCUCAUAUCAGAAAUGACUACCCCAGAAAUCAACAUGAGAUGGCAUCUUGAUAUUUCUGGAUUGAAGAGGUCCAAUGCCUACCUAAUUAACGGUGUCUUUAUUUUUUUUGGCUGGCUGAUGGCAAGGAUUUUGUUGUUUGUUUACAUGUUUCACCAUGUUUACAUUCACUAUAGUCAGGUCAUCCAGAUGCAUUCAGUUGGUUAUUUUCUAGUAUUUGUCGUGCCUUGCGCUCUUUCUAUCAUGAAUUUGAUGUGGUUUGGUAAAAUUAUCAAGGGGCUCGUAAAAAUGUUAGCAAAGAAGCAGUGAGGAACAGUAAUACUCUGAUUUCUUCUAUUACCACGGUCAAAUUUUUUCCUCGAGUUCCUACUUGUACAAAUCUAUAGGAGAAUGCCCGCAGAAUAUAGGGAGAGAGAGUCGAAUGAGCCUAACAAGAAGCUAGAAGAAACAUCGAAGCACAACAGUAUUGCAGACUCAUGCAUGCUAGGAUGUUGUUAUGUGGAUGGUGAACCAAUGAGUCCUGGGAACUCUAAUGCACAGCACUAAUCUUGUAAGCUUAGCUGGUUUAGGUAACUGCAGUUCAUGUACUGGACCAGAGGAGGGAAACUUUUUCAAUGGAAAAGUUCGAUGCAAGAGAAGGAAUAUAGUGAGAUAGCUUUCUUGUUCUUGUUUUUUGUCUGUAUAUCUUUAUUCUUCGGUUAAUAUCUUAAAAUCAUGGAAGCAGGAGCCUCUGGUUCUUUCAUAUCUUCUGCUAUUUCAUUUCAUUUUUGCUCUUUCUUACGCCCGCCCUAGGCACAGACUGUGUACUAAUUGAUGGUGUUGAACAUCGUUUACUCUCAUCUAUA